GUAAUUAAACAAUAUGUCAAUCUUUCAGCUUGAGGCUCUACAAUUGAUGUCCCGGCUCUUGUGCUCAGCAUUUGUUGAGGGCAGAGCUCAAGCCCACCUAAAGAUAAAUCCGCUUAGCUGUCGCACGGCAGUGACUACAUAAAUCAAUGGACAAGACUCUAACAACGAGCCAUUCAAUGAAAAAUCCGACAUAAUUCUAAACGCACACACUUCGAGCAAGAGCAACUAACACCAAGACGAAAUAUUUGUAUAUAUGAGAAUACAUAUAUAUGGCUCUUUCGGGUAUUCAGUAAUGAUGCCCAACACCUUUGGGAAGAAUAACAUUUUCAGCUGGACAAGCUGAAGUCAUAAAUGCAAUGCGGAUCGACGGCAACAAUAAAACUUUUCAGGUGCCACAAAGAAAGCCGAACAAUGCGCUUACAGACAUCGUGGCCAUAUGAGCGCCAGGAUUAUACUGCCUGGCUCUGGCUGAGGCUCUGUCUCUGUCUCUGCUCACUCAACAGGUAUUUCCAGUGAAAAUCGCUGGCGAUACAAAUAGUCGAAAAAAGGACAACUGGUUUAUGACGCCCUUAACUAACGCAAGCAAUGCAAUGCCAGCAUCAGCCGGCGGAUUAGGCCAGGCCAACGGACGGCAUACCUGCCCUUGUGACGACAACAAGAAGAUAGCGGGUAGCACAGGUAGGUGAAUGCCCAAGAAUGCUCGAGGGUUACAUUGAAGGUGAUUAGCUCGAAGCGCAGGCACACGUUGGGAUGAAUGAAGUUGAUUGGGAAAUACCUGGCACAGGGAUUGGGAUUGGUGGGAAAUUGUCCGCCGGCCUGCUUUGACGCUUUGAUAUCCAUUACCUAAUGUUGCAUAAAAGAUUACGCCCAGCACAAUGGCAGCACAGUCGACAUCAAGACGGCGAACAAGAACAACAUCAACUGCAUCUGCCAGCAUGGAUAACUCUGCUACGAUAACCACCCCCGACUAUGCACACAAAAAGUUCUCUGCAUUGAAGCGCAAGCGCAGCCAGGACGAGGAGACAGACGAUGAUGUGGUUUUCAUUAUGGAGCUGCCCGCCAAGCGUCGUUUCUUUCGUCCCUGGCUGGACGAGCCCCGAGCGACAGUCACUUCAGCAACAGCAGUGGAACAGCCACCACGGCGUCCAUCACCGAAUGCAGUGGCCACCACCUACCAUGCCAACAUGGUGCGCUCCCACACGCCACGCCUACGCAGCCCCAAGGCGCAGCAGCGACGCGACCGCAACACCCUGGCCUGCCUGCUGAGCCGCCGGGCCCGCCAAGCCAAGCAGCUGGCCAUGGAGCAGCAAUACGAGCAAUUCCGCCAGCAGCACGAGGCCAACUUGGAGCAGCAAGUACGCUUGAGUCUCUACUACGUACGCUUCCUACAGCAGACGAUGGCCGCGUCUCAAACUGCCCUGCCCAACAGCAGCCAGCAGAGCCUGCAGCUCGGGCAGCAGACCCACCAAACCUGGCCCCAACAGCAGGCAACGGCCACGAGGCGCUAGAAGGACAAACUUCCCAAUUAAGGAAGAUUUACUGUAGCUAGUUUAUUUAUAUAUAGCAUUAGGUUAUUAUUGACUUUGUGAUAACUUUUAAAGUUUUAU